GAGGAGGAGGAGCAGAACCGGCUGCGCAGCUCGUUGCGCUACUUGUGGAUUUGUUUACAUUCGUGUAAAUGUGCGCGUACUCUCGGGCUGAAUGAGUUGUGUCAGUGCCGCGCUGCACAUGGUGACCACAGAGCCUGCGAGCCUGGAGAGCCUGCAUGUGCUGUACCAGAGCGACGACUACAUUGUGGUGGACAAGCACUGGGACAUCCGCAUCGACAGCAAGAUGUGGUACGAGAAACACACUGUGCAGGCUCAGCUCCGGCAUCGCUUCCCUCAGCUGGCAGACCCCAGCACCUACUAUGGAUUCAGGUUCUGUCAUCAGUUGGAUUUCUCCACCAGUGGGGCUCUUUGUGUGGCCCUCAAUAAGGCUGCAGCCGGCCGGGCCUACCGCUGCUUCAAGGACCGCACCGUCACCAAAGCCUACCUCGCCCUGAUUCGCGGCUUGGUGGAAGAACAGACACAAACUCUGGACUUCUCCAUCGGCAAGAACUCCACUGAGGGAAAAACACACAUGAUGUGUAUUGAGGGAACAGAAGGUUGUGAGAACCCCAAGCCUUGCCAGACUGAGCUGACGGUGCUGGAGUACGGGUUGUAUGACGGAGAUCCUGUCACCAAGGUGCUACUGCAGCCGCUCACUGGCCGAACGCACCAGCUGAGGGUCCACUGCAGCGCCAUCGGCCACCCCGUCGUCGGGGACUUCACCUACAGCUCCGGAGCGGACGACGGCCCGUACCGCAUGAUGCUGCACGCCCACCUCCUCCACAUUCCGCUGGAACCUCAGCCCCUGCUCGUGUCUGCCGGAGACCCCUUUCUCCCCGCGUUGGAUCCCAAGUGGCUCCCGCAGCGCUCGUUACGGACGCUGUCGGCCACCGUGGAGGCGCUGCUGGAGCGCAGGGUGGAGGAGGACAGGAAGACUAAAGAGGAGGAGAGAGAGAGAGCGAGAAGGGAGGAGGAGAGGAGGAAACGCAUCAAGGAACAGAGGACUGAGGAGGAGAGCGAGGAGCAGAGGGAGCAGUGUCAGGAGUGGCUGAGUGAAUGGGCUGGAGACUGAUGGACUCUUUUGUAUUAUUAUUAAUUUUAAUUUAUUUUAGCUGUUUACUUACAAAAGCCAUGUUGAGAACGUCACCUCCAUCUCAACGACCACCCGCAUUUAAACACCAUAUAUGGAAGUGGACUUUAACCUUAACUCCCUCACAGACCAGUUAUUAACAUCGUGUUUGAGCUUUUAAACUGUUGUUCUCUUCACCACUAUAACCCGUGUUUCGCAGUGGGUCAGUGAGCAGCUCCGCCGCAGCAGCUGACAAACAAGUGCCUUGCUCAGGUUCAUGUUAAUAAGAGAGGGGUUGGUUUGAUGUCAUUCACUUCCUAAUCAGUGUAAUAGUUUUUAAUCAGUGAGCGUGUUUCCUGUCCGUCUGUCGCACCGUGCAGAUCGUUUUAGAUUGAUGUGCCAAAGUUGUAAGAUAUUUGCCUCUGAUUCGAGCAGCAGCAGUUGAUCCGUCUUUGUCCUCAAACACGCUGGGAAGUGUUUCCUCACAUAAGCUGCAUGGCUCUGACACACAUGAAAUACCAUUAAAUAAAAGCCUAAUAUUCUGUAUGUUU